GAAACACAGUUCAGUGACGAACAUUACAGCAGUGCUGUCGCACCAAGCGCACGACAAUGAACUUCACCCUCCUGUCAGCUAUACUCUGCAUUCUCAGUUGGAUCUCUGUCUCACGAUGCGAAUUUCACGUUGUGGAGGUCCAGACCGGUGAAGAGGUCACGCUGCUGUGUACCAACUACACCAGUUCCCCCUCUUACAUAUCAUGGUUCAGACUGAAAAACGGAUCCAACACCAGCCUCAUCUCCUCCAUGCUCUCCCUUGAUACAGUUUCAUCGUACUUCGAUGGGUUUGAAGAAGAAAAGUUCAGCAUGACGUCCAACGUCAGUAACGUCUUUCUCCAAAUCAAACAAGUGGAUUUAUCUGACUCUGGACUCUAUAUAUGUGGCUAUAACGUGGGCACCGACUCCAGAAAAUCCCCAGCAGUUUACAGUGCUACGUAUUUAAAGGUGAAAGGUUUUGGAGACGGGACCAAGCUGGAGUUUGAUGAUGAGGUGGACUGGCUGGUGGUUUUCUUGAGUGCGACCUCAGCAAUCACCACCCUGCUGAGUGUUCUACUGUCUUUCUCAAUAUGCAUGAUGAGGGUUACAGAUCCCCAUGCUCCAUCCUCCAAAAUAAAUGCAAAGGAUGAGCAGAGUGAAGACGACCCCUGCUACAUUGCUCACAGGGAGAUACAGAUGAACAGAUCCAGAGGACAGAGGGAUGAUACCUGGAGUGAAUGUGUGUACUUGAGUGUGAGGCAGUAGAGCUGGACACCUUCUGUAUUUGUCUCUGUGUUUAAUCACCACAUGAUGUCUUUACUGACAUCAGAACAGUCCUGUAAAGUAGAUCUUUACCUCCGUGUGA